GAUAACAAGACAUUUCUUCUGCCAGCAUCACGGAUAAAUCUGGAUCAACUGUGGGUUAAUUUGGUGUCUACAAGAGAGCAGUAUGUCUAAUAACAUGGCCAAGAUUGCAGAUGCGCGAAAAACAGUGGAACAACUGAAAUUGGAGGUUAAUAUUGACAGGAUGAUGGUAUCUAAAGCAGCAGCUGAGCUGAUGGCUUACUGUGAGUCGCAUGCAAAAGAGGACCCCCUGGUGACCCCCAUACCAUCCUCAGAAAAUCCCUUCAGAGAGAAAAAGAUAUUCUGUACAAUUUUGUAG